UUCGGGGGUCUAUUUUGAAAAACCGAGUAGGCUGGUAGUACCUUGCACGGCCGCACACUCUGACACUCGCACCACCAGAUUCGCCGCCGCUGCAUAGGGCUAUCCACCCGUCGCCGACGAGCAGCGCGAUCCGGGGGGAGAAAGGGAGGAGGAGAAGAUGGGUGGCGGGAUGGAGGUGCACAAGAACAAGUGGAUCGAGGAGUGGAACGCCGGCCGGGAGAACCUCGAGUUCAAUUUCCGCUGGACGCGCCGCAGCCUCGCCGUCGUCGGCCUCUUCGGCCUCGCCGUCCCCAUCCUCGUCUACAAGGGCAUCGUCCGCGAUUUCCACAUGCAAGAUGAGGAUGCAGGAAGACCACCGAGGAAGUUCUUGUAACCUGCAGGUUCAUACUCGUUUGUUUCAAGAAAUAAGCAAUACUGCCAGAUGUGGUAAUGUCAACCUGACAAACAUAAUGCUACUCGGUUCUUUGUAAGCACUUUAAGUUGCUAUGUAUGCUAUGUUCCAGAUGUUCGUUCCUUUGAGGAAUCUAUGUAACGUCUUUUAUAUGAAUAACUAUAACUAUGUUUUAUUGACAUCCGAUAUAUAUUUUGUAUAAACCGAGAGAACACACUACAUUGUACUGGUGGUAGUUCAGUAAGCUGGUGUACCUGUGGUUUGCUUGCCGAAAA